AUUUCCUGUAAGACGGAAGGCAAGAUAAAAUUGACAGCUCUGCGGGAGAUCUUGCAGGCAGAAGACUGUUACAGCUUGAUUUGGGAAUUUGCUGGAUUUGGCAUGCUAACAGUGUGCAUGCCUGAAGUCUAGAUCAGAGAUUACAGAAAAAAGCAUUAAAAGACAAAAUAAUUCAAAGACUUGAGAGGAUUCUGAGCUGCUGAAGUAACAGAAGAACAGAUUGGAGAGCAAGACUGUACCUGAUCUUUCUGAGUAAGCAAAAUGCAGAGCACAGCAAAUCACCUUUGGUUGCUAUCAGAUAUUCUAGGACAAGGAGCAACUGCAAAUGUGUAUCGUGGACGCAAUAAGAAAACAGGGGACUUAUAUGCCGUCAAAGUGUUUAACAACUUAAGUUUCCUACGUCCUGCCGAUGUACAAAUGAGGGAGUUUGAAGUGUUAAAGAAACUCAACCAUAAGAAUAUUGUUAAACUCUUUGCAAUUGAGGAAGAGAUGUCCAGCCGCCAUAAAGUGCUUGUUAUGGAGUUCUGCCCAUGUGCCAGUCUAUACUCUGUAUUAGAAGAGCCAGCUAACGCAUAUGGUCUGCCCGAGUCAGAAUUCCUAAUUGUAUCACGUGAUGUUGUCGCAGGCAUGAACCACCUAAGGGAAAAUGGAAUUAUUCAUCGAGAUAUAAAGCCAGGAAACAUUAUGAGAGUGAUUGGAGAGGAUGGACAAUCUGUUUACAAGCUGACAGACUUUGGUGCAGCCCGAGAACUUGAUGAUGAUGAGCAGUUUGUUUCUCUCUAUGGCACUGAAGAGUACUUGCACCCAGACAUGUAUGAGCGGGCAGUGCUUCGAAAGGAACAUCAGAAGAAGUACGGUGCAACAGUGGAUCUGUGGAGUAUCGGAGUGACAUUCUAUCAUGCUGCCACAGGCAGUCUUCCUUUCAGACCUUUUGAAGGACCUCGAAGAAACAAGGAAGUCAUGUAUAAAAUAAUUGCUGGCAAACCAUCUGGGGCGAUAUCUGGUGUUCAGCGUGCAGAAAAUGGCCCAAUUGAGUGGAGCGGGGAAUUACCCGUUACCUGUAAUUUGUCUAUGGGUCUGCAGACUUUGUUCACUCCUGUCCUUGCAAAUAUCUUGGAAGCUGAUCAGGAGAAGUGUUGGGGUUUUGAGCAGUUCUUUGCAGUAACAAAUGAUGUAUUCAAUCGCAUUGUUAUACAUGUUUUUUCACUUCAGCAAAUGACUCCUCACAAGAUCUAUAUCAACACAUAUGACAAGGUUCCAGAUUUUCAUGACUUGGUGUACAAACAGACAAAGAUCCCUGCCCAAAACCAAGAGCUGCUGUUUGAAGGAAGGCGACUAGUGUUGGAACAAGGGAGACUUGCACAGCAUUUCCCCAUAACCACAGAAGAAAAUCCAAUCUUUGUCUUAACCAGAGAAAUGGUUUCUGUUAUUGGCCUGCGGUUUGACGAAAUUGUGAUCCCAAAGCUCCAUUCUCACUAUGACUUGGAUGUAGAUGCUAACAUGGCAAAGGCAGUAACAGGUGUUGCUUGCUACUACUGCCGAAUUGCUGCUUCUUUGCUGCUUGUACUGGAGCUCAUGCGUAAAGGGAUACGCUGGCUUAGUGAAAUAUUGAAGGAGGAAUAUAACGAGAAUGUUCACAGGAAUACUGAAGUCUCUCUUAAACUUAGCUUCUGUAACAGAACAAUAGAAAAAGACCUUAAAACAUAUGAACAACUGAUACAGACCAGUGUAGAACCAGAAGUUUAUGUUAUCCAUGGCAAACUACUGAAUCUUUCCAGCACACAGGAAAGUCUUAAAUCCUCAUUACAAGAAAUAAAAAACAAACUGACUCCUGGAGGAGUUCUCAUGGACUCUUGGAUCAACGCUGAAGGCACACACUCAGCUGACAGAAAUGUGGAGAAACUGCAAGUGUUGCUAAGUCUAAUAACUGAAAUAUACUGCCAAUUCAAGAAGGAUAAAGCACAGCGCAGGCUUUUGUACAAUGAGGAGCAAAUACACAAGUUUGACAAGCAGAAGAUGUGCAUACAUUCAACAAAAGCAUACUCCCUUUUCAAAGAUGAAUGUGUUGGCAAGUAUGAAGGUUUCCGCAGCAAGGCUUUAGACUGGAUGAGGAAGAUGAUUCAUGUACGAAAACAGUUAUUUUCAUUAAAAAGCCAGUGUUUUGAAAUUGAAGAAGAAGUUUCAAAGUGCCAGCAUUACAUAAACCAGUAUCAAGAGAAGAUGUCUCCAAAAAUGUUUGCUGCACCCGGAGGCAUAAAAUCAGCAGUGAAUCCAAUAUAUUCAAGCCCCAACACCUUAGUGGAAAUGACACUUGGAAUGCGUAAACUGAAAGAAGACAUGGAGGGAGUUGUUAAAGAAUUAGAAGAAAACAAUCACAUUUUGGAAAGGUUCGGGGCUCUGACUAUAGAUGGUGGCUUCAGGAACGUGGAUUGCAUUUAGUAAUAUAGACACUAAUAUGCUGAAUUCGGCGGCCAGUAUAAAUAUCUGAGGACCUUGUAACUGCCUGUGUCCAUUUCAUCCAUAACCUUUUGGUGCCAGAUAUUUGUAUAUAUGUACCAUACUCUGAAUGUAUAAAAAGAUGUGUUUAUUUUUAUUAUGUCACUAUUGAACUCAAGUCUUCUAGGUAACCAGUAUAAAUAUUAGUUCUCCAAUCAGAACUGUUAAACUGAACCUAUAAUGUAAUACUGUUGUUAAUUCUUAAAGGCACUGCUGUCCAACUUAUUAUAUGUAGUAGGCCAAAUAUUUCUCAUAUGGCAUGUUCAAGGUUUGGAUUAAAGUAAAAUAAUUAUGUUAUAUAGUGAAGUCUUUGAAAACCUAGCAGACUGUGGGCCAUAAAAAUACUUUGAAGGCCCACAUCAACCCACGGACCUCCAAUUGGACAGCCCUGUUUAAAGGGAUUCUGUAAUGAUUUUUAUGAUGUAGUUUUAAUGCCAAAUUACAGUGUACAUUGCAUAUAAUUCAUUCUGCUGUUUACAUUUUUUUCCUAAGCCAAUUAAUGUAUUUUUUAAUUGUAAUAUUGGUGUGUGGGCAGCCAUCCUAAACCAUGUGUUAUCUGGAGGAGUCAUGACAUGUAUUUUUAUCCUAUUUCUCCUGCUUGGGUGGUGUUCUCAUAUUUACCACUAGGAGGGGCUUGGGAGCAUUUUUUAAUCAAUGCAAACCAUUUCUGAGUUCAUUUUGAUCUAUACAAUACAGAAACCUUAUCCAGCCUUUAGGUAACCUGCUUUUUAAAAGGGUGGAGGCACCUGGGGUGCCCGGAACCAUUGCCCCUUACUGUCCCUUAUAUUUGGGACAAAUGUUCCUCACUGCAUUUAAUGUAUUACUUGUGGCAAUCCGGCUGAAUUGCAGGAAAAUAUGAAAAAUACAUUUUCCCAUGAUUAAACUUCCCAGACGUAACAUGUUUUGCAUGCGGUCAUCUAAAUGUUAGCCAAGGGGAAGGUAUUCCUAGGGUUGUUGCUUCACAGUAGCGCAUAUUUAUCGCUGGUAACAAAUCUUCUCGUCUGCCAUCACUCUUAAAGGAGUGGUUCACCUUCAAAUUAACUUUUAAUACGUUAUAGAAUGGCCAAUUCUAAGCAACUUUUUCAUUAUUCCAUAAGCUAAUUUGUCAUUAUUUUUUUUUAUAGUUUAUGAAUAUUUUGACUUUUAUGAGGGUCAGUGAUCCCAGCAGUCAAAAAACUUAAGCUCUGCUUUGCUACAGUUUUAUUGUUUUUGUUACUAUUUAUAACUUAUCUUACUAAUUAGGCCCUCUUCUAUUCAUAUUCCUGUCUCUCAUUCAUACCAAUCCCUGGUUGCUAAGGUAAUUUGGACCCUAGCAACAUGACAGCUGCUGAAAUUCCAAACUGGAGAGCUGCUGAACAAAAAGUGAAAUAAUUAAAAACAACUUCAUACAAAAUGAAGACCAAUUGCAAAUUGUCUCAGAAUAUCACUCUCUACAUCAUACUAAAAGUUAAAUGUGAACAACUCCAUUAUGGGUCAUGGCAAACUGGGGUAUUUGUCGCACAUGGGAAAUCUGCACUAACUGCGGGCAACAAAACUCUUGAAGAUACUUUUUUUUGUUUAGCAUCUAUGUGAAUUGCGGGUGGAAGAAAUAUAAAUCGGGUAACCUCAAUAACUAGCAGGAGAAGGCAGUUUUCAGAGGUUAUGUGAUUAAUAUAUUUUAAGUGUUGGAGAUUUCCACUGACACCAAUGGUAUUUUUGGGAGAUUUAUUGCCUGUGGGCAGCCCAAGUAUCCUCUGGGCAACAAAUUUCCCUGUGUGUCAUCACCCUAAAGUAAUGGGAGGCAGUAUUGGCAUUUUGCCUGUUUCCCCACUCGCUCGCUCCAACUUGCACUGCAGUAGCUAGGCUAAUGGACAUGGGGAGGUAAGUUACUCAUGGUUUGCCUUGCAAGGAAAACUUUGGCCAUCUUCAAAAAAAAAAGGUGCUCCGCAUAAGUUUUCCCACCAGUGAUUUAUUGGUGGGAAAGCAUUUUGAGGAAAUUUGAUGCCUACAGUAGCACAGAUUCAACCAUGAGCGACAAAUCUUACUCUAAUCAACCUAAAGAGUGAUUGAAGUUUAUCAGAGCACAAAUCAGAUGAUAGGUAAAGUAAAAGAAUGACUAUCCUCACAAAUAUAACUAAUUUGUUUGCUUUUUUGAAAAACUGAUUUCAGUGUAGGAUGCUGCUGCAGAACACUAUUAAUGGAUGCAUUUUAAAAGUCUUUAAAAAAAAUGUUUUCAUGACAGUAUUCCUUUAAUUCUCUGUAACUCAGUUCUUAGUAAAUUUAUUUCUGUGCAUUAGCCAAUCCAUUCCAUGUUAUUGUGUUAGUACCCUUUUCAAAGUGUUUUUUUUUUUGCUUUGCUUUGUUUUGUUUUUUUCUAUAAACAUUUAAAUCUGUGACUACGAAGCAGUUCCACAGGGCUUAUCUUGCAUACAGCAGGGUUGAAUAUGGAUGUGUGCGCACUUUGUGUAAUCUAUCAGGGAACAGCUUUUGUUAGUCGUGUGUGCAGAUCAGUGUGGUGGUUGAAGAUAAUUGCAUCUGUGUAAAUUUGAAAAGAAAUAAAAGCUAAGAAGGGAGCGUGUUAUCCACCAGAGAGUAUGCAGCUCUGGGUUUAUAAACAAAAUAAUGCCUAUUUCUCCUAAUGGUUGUAAUUGAAUACAUUACUAGUGUGGCUGAAUCGUACAUAACUCCAGCAUGUUAUGCCAGUGUGAUUUUUUUUUUUUUUUGAUUGACGGGAAAUUUAAAAAAAAAAAAAAUGCUAAACAUUAAAUAAAGAAUGGCAUUGUAAA